UGGACAAUUAAUAUCAAAAACUCAAACUUAUCAAAGAAGUUUCUGUAUUUCUAUAUAUAGAUAGAAGUCCAUUUUUGUCACUCACAAACUGCAUUCAAGCGCCUGUUUUGGAGCUCCUAUAUAUAUAACUUGAAGUCAUGAGUUCAGCCAGUCGAAGUGGCCAUGAUAUCUCCAAGAAGGGACCCUGUUUCAUGAAGAUUAUUCUUCAAGACACCCUUCAAGAAGGAAGGCUUGGGGUACCAAGAAAGUUCGUGAGAGAGUAUGGAAGUAGUCUGCCGAACUUAGUGUUUCUUAGGGCCCCAAAUGGUAUGGUUUCGAAGGUAGAAUUGGCAAGAAGCGAUGGCAAUGUUUGGUUUGAGAAUGGUUGGAGGGAAUUUGCACAGUAUUAUUCUCUAGAACGUGGCCAUUUACUCGUCUUUGAACAUAAAGGUCAUGGCCAAUUUCGUGUACUUAUAUUCAACAAGAGUGCAAUAGAGAUCAACUAUCACUGCCAUGGUACUAUUGAUGGAGACUGCGAAGAGUCUGCAAAACAAAGAACUGAAGAUGACUUCGCUACGAAGCAGAGAUCGAGAGACAGGUCACGUGCUAAAUCUCCUUGUCUUCACAAGAAGAGGAAAAAUUAUCCAUCUAGUCAAAUAGAGAGGGCUAAACAUGAACCGGAAGAAGAAGGAGUUGGGGUUGCUAAAAGUAAACGGACAUUGACGUCUGAGAAAAAUGUUGAAGCUUUUCAGACCUCUGGUUCUGUCCAAUCUGAGAAUCCUCAUUUCAAGUUGGUAAUGCAACCGAGUUAUGUCAAAGGACGGAUUAAUUUGUUCAUUCCAUCAGUGUUUGCUAGGGAGUAUCUCACGAAGAAGCAAGGUAAUGUCGCCCUAUGUGUGUGUGGUGGUAGUACUUGGUCUGCCCGAUACCGUCACACUGGAUUUGGAGGACAGCGAUACCCAAGGGCAGUACUAGCUGAUGGCUGGAGGGAAUUUUCAUGCGGCAACAGUUUAAAAGUUGGCGAUGUUUGUGAUUUUGAACUGAUUAAUAUGUUUGAAAUCACAUUCAAGGUUCAUAUUUCGCGAGUUGAUGAGACGGACUGCACCAAAAAGAUUUUAAGGGGAAGGCGCAGGAAGUAAUGCUUAUGUUUGCGGUUGUUGCGGAUAAAUCAUGUUCUGCAACUCAGCAGGCCCGCUUGAGGAACUUCUUACAUGAUUGGACAACACUUUGCAGGGGGAGAUUGCAUUUCUUGUGGGGAAUCAUUGUGGUUUUUGAGCUUUUGAAGAUGAAAGUUGUUAUGCUGAAGGUUUCAAUUCAGAAUUUUUGGUUAAUGGACUGAUUGCAUAGUAACUGUGUCUUGUCAUCGCAGUUGGUUUUGUUGCAGUUGGAAAUGUACUUGGCUAUAGUUAUGCCUAUAACUCAGUGUACUCUGGUCUUGGUUUGUAAAUAGAGCUCAGUGUCUACUGAUUAAUGCU